AUGAACUCUCAUUUUGAGACCCACCAAAUCCACGUUACAAGCUUCCUGCAAGACCGUCAUUCUAUUGUUGUCUUUGUUAUUCUCCGUUAUUCGAAAAUUCCUGCUUUUUCACUGAAUUCUGGACUUGGCUACGAGAAAAUGGUGCUUUCAACUACUCCCGAGCUUCCCAAAUUAACCCAGGUCGAGCAAAGACAAUUAACUUGUAAUAUACUAAUCCUAUUUGAUAACGAGCCUUCUGAGCCUAGCGGCGAUGGAUCUCCGAGUCAACACAUAGUAAUUCAUGAAGAAUCGGACGAAGAAGUUGAACAAUUGGAUUCAUUCCCAGAUCCAGAUGGUCAUAUUCAUGAAGACAGCCGUGCUAAAAUUUACUGUUGCGGAUUGAGAUCUGAACUACAGAAGUGGAUGAAAGUUAAUGCAAACGGUACACUCACAGAUAUCAUAGAAAUCACUCGUAAAUUGGAUAACUUGGAAAUCAUGCCGAGACGGAUGAAUACGAGUCAAUACGAACUAACGGAGGCAAUCCACAUCCAUCAGAAUAUCCAGCACACGAAUAAUACUAACUCUCUUUUAGCCACUCAUCAGCACAUGGCGGAAGAAAGAAGGCUUCGAACAGUUGACAGACAUAAUCCUUAUGCCAAGUGUGCAACUGAUUCAAAGGGAAAGGAAGUAACGGAGCAACCUCAAGUAGAAGAUGAAGAGGGGGUGACGAUAUGGAAAAAGCCAGGCCCAUCAAAAUACAAAAUCGGUGAAGAAACUGAAAGCGGAACUGAGAAAGAAAUCUUGAAUGAAGAUGAAUACGAGGUUGAAGAGCAAGACUUAGAUGAAAAAGCUUACCUGAUGAGAAUCAGAACUGACGAUUAG